AUGCAGCUGUCUCACCUCAGCCUGCUGGUCUCCUCCCUUGUGGGGGCUAUUGCGGCCCAGUCUACCUUCUCUCCAGCACGGCCACCUUCGUUGCCGUUGGCUGUGAAGUCGCCGUAUCUGAGCACCUGGCAAGAUGCCGGGACUGACGGUGGGAAUGGCGGCUAUCUGGCUGGUCAAUGGCCUACAUUUUGGCAGAAUCAGAUCACUGGCUGGUGUGGUAUGAUCCGUGUUGAUAACAACACGUACACCUGGAUGGGCCUUCCUGGCUCGACUACCGUCAACCAGACAGCUUUCGAGUAUACUUCCUCUAAGAGCAUCUUCACCAUGAAUGUGGAGGACCAGGUUGAAAUGAAGAUUACCUUCCUGUCACCGUUGACGCCCAAUGAUCUGAAGCGCCAGUCGCUGAUCUUCUCGUAUAUGGAUGUGGAGGUUUCUUCUCUAGAUGGCAAACACCACCAAGUGCAAGUUUACUCGGACAUCUCAGCUGAAUGGAUUUCAGGAGAUCGCAGUGCCAUUGCCCAGUGGGACUACGGUACCGUCAACGGCAUUGGCUAUCAUAAGGUGUACCGCCAGACUCAGUUGGAGUUCUCCGAGGUCGACCAGCAGGGUGAAUGGGGUAACUGGUACUAUGCCACCGACGCGGCCAAGGGCGUGACCUUCCAGUCCGGCCAGGACACGGUUGUGCGUGGCCAGUUCGCGUCGAACGGCGUGCUCACGAACUCCCAGAACAAGAACUACCGUGCCAUCAGUGAUGACUGGCCCGUGUUCGGGUUUACCGCCAAUCUGGGCUCUGUCGGCUCCCACCCCGUUAGCACGCUGUUCACCAUUGGCCUGUGCCAGGACAACGCGGUUCAGUUCAACGGCACCUCGGGAUACAAUCCCGUCCCGUCGCUGUGGACGAGCUACUUUAGCAGUGAUCUUGCUGCACUGUCCUUCUUCUAUAAGGACUACAACACUGCCAGCGCAAUUUCUAGUGCCUUUGAUAGCCAGGUUGCCCAGGAUUCGGCCGACGCGAUCAGCCAGGACUAUGCAGUGCUCCCAUCUCUCUCAGCUCGCCAGGUGUUUGGUUCCACACAGCUCUGCGGCACCCCGGAGAAGAUGUACCUCUUCCUAAAGGAGAUUUCAUCCGAUGGCAACGUGAACACGGUCGACAUCAUUUUCCCGGCCUAUCCUGCAUUCCUAUACUCCAACCCGGAUCUACUCAAGCUUGUGAUGGAACCGCUGUACGAGAACCAGGAGGCCGGCGACUACCCCAACGCCUGGUCCAUGCACGACAUGGGAUCCAGUUACCCUAACGCUACGGGACACCCUCUCGGCAACGACGAGAAGAUGCCGCUGGAGGAGUGUGGAAACAUGGUCAUCAUGAGUCUGGCGUAUGCCCAGAAGGCCUCGGACACGAGUUAUUUGACCCAGCACUACGACCUGCUGCAGCAGUGGACCGGCUAUCUAGUGGACGACGCGCUGUACCCAGCCAACCAGAUCUCGACCGAUGACUUUGCCGGCGCCCUAGCCAACCAAACCAACCUGGCUCUCAAGGGCAUGAUUGGCAUCCAGGCCAUGUCGGAAAUUGCCAAGCUGACCGGUAACAAGGCUGAUGCUGCCAACUAUUCCAGCAUUGCGCACAGCUACAUCGCCAAGUGGCAGAACCUGGCUAUUAACAAGAACGCGAACCCACCGCACACGACUCUGAACUAUAACAACUGGACCAGCCAUGGCAUCCUGUACAAUCUCUACGCCGACGCCCAACUGGGCCUGAACCUCGUGCCCAAGUCCGUGUACAAUAUGCAGAGCGCUUUCUACCCAACUGUCGUGAACGAGUACGGCGUGCCUCUGGAUACACGCCACACCUACACCAAGCUUGACUGGCAAUCCCUUGCCGCCGCUAUUGCCAGCGGCUCAACCCAGACCAUGUUCAUCGACCACCUCGUUAACUGGGUCAAUGAGACGCCGACCAAUAUGGCCUUGACGGACUUGUACGACACGAUCUCGGGAGACUACCCGGAUGGAAUCCAUUUCAUCGCUCGCCCCGCCGCGGGCGGCACUUUCGGUCCCCUCCUCUUGAACCAGUCGUAA